CCAGCUCCCUUGAGAGAAGUUCACGUGUGUGACUAGAGAGUUUUGACUCGAUUGGUCCCUUCCAGCAUCACUGCUGUCAUCGACCGUAUUUGUACGCCUUCCCGAGGAAGGCUGAGGAGCUACCUUGCCAAUGAGCAUCUCAUGGGCUGUCCUCGGUGCUCAUAGGGCCUCUCAAUAGAAGAUCCUCGCAGCCAUUAACAGCAACUCGACUGCUGGCCUAGGGCGCUGGGCUGAUACACACCUUUGCCUAAUUACACGUGUACGCCCGUCGUCCAAGGAAUCUACAUUUGUGCCCGCCAGACUGAGGUUUCUGGGCACCAUCACAGGCACCACCAGCGGGCUGGUACAAGUAGCCGUGUUUCCAUCACAGCGGCAGUCAUGGGGUAUGAAGAGGACGCAGAUAAAAGGCCACGGCUGAAGAAGAAGAAAUAUAUGAUAGAAGAUGUGGUGAUGAAGAAGAAGAAUAAGAUUGAGCCACUUUUGGUGAGCUUUGCUAAUGGACAGCCAUUGGAGGGCUCAGAGUUGAUUGGAACGCUGCACCGUAGCUCAGACAAGCAGGAACAGCGAUCUGUUGGUAACAUGCUGACCUUCCAGACACCUUUUUUAAACUACGCUGGGCGUCUGACUAAUGCAAAGGUGUCAGGUGGAGUGACCACAUUCCUGGGAGUACUGGAUCCUGGUACAGGCAGGAUGCGCUUAGUGGAGACAAGCCAAUAUACAGUUCAGCCACUUGUGAAGGACACUGUGCUUUGCAAACCUAUCAAGGCAAUUUUAGAUGCCAAGACCUAUGAUGAGAAGCAGGAAGUUACUGCUUCUGCCUUUGGAAGCAAAAAGGCAAAACAGGCAAUGAACAGAAAGCAGCAAAAUAAGGUGGAGGCAGAGACCAUGGAAGGGGCCAUUGACCAGGCAGCAGCAACAAUAAUUGACAGUAACUUCAAUGUAGAGGAUUACUUAGAGCAGCAACAAGAUACUUCUCUGUUGAGCAUUCUUCCUCCUUGCAACAGGAAGGCCAACCAAAUUCAGGACGUGUAUAAGUUGGAAACCUUGGCCCCUGAUGAUUUUCUGGCUCAGCUGCAGGAGUCUGCCGAGGCACUCUUAAGUGGUCAGGAGCUUGAACACAACAGCACACUUCUUUUUCGGGAGAUGGUGGAGAACGCACAACACGAAGCGAAGUAUGCAAAUCAGCUGCGGCUUGCAUGUCUGGCACUUCUUGUGAGCCACCUUAUUACCUUUGUUAACUUGAGAGAUCCAAUGCUGAGGAAGUUCAUGAAUGGAAAAGUGAUGGAAAAUUCCUGCAGUGGAGUUGUUAAUUGGAUCAUGCAGGAGUAUACUGUGAAACAAGGAAAUUUUAUAUCAAGGACAAAGAAGGAUGGGGACAGAGCACUCUGCCUCACCCUUAUUCUGGCCUUCAUAUCCAGCAAAUAUGAGCUUUCAGUCAGCACUCUUCUCCAGUCAGUGCCUGUCAAUAAAGAGCGACUCAAUUUGCUCAUGAGGGUCAUUGGUGCAACCUACUCCUCUGCUACCCACUCGUUUGUACUCAAGCUCCCCUUGGCUAAAUGUUCUCAGCCUGCCAAAAAGUCAAAGGAUAAAAAGCAUAGGAGAUUAUAAUUCUGUUCUUGUGCUUGUGAUGACAGUGACAUUUAACCCUUGGAAAAGGCUACCUUUCCCCAGCCUAACAUUACACUGUUCCUAGAAUAAGAUGUGAGGACUGUACAAUAAAGGGUAAAUUUUGAACAAUGAUUGUUCUUGUGAUGUAUGUAUUACGCUGCCUGUAUUUGUGAAGGAAGAUAUUUCAGUGUUAAAUUUAUUUAUUCAUUUACUUUGAUGCAAUUUCUCAUUUAUCUGAUGUCUUUUCUUCUGGCAAAAGAUAAAGUUUGUUUUUUCCCCUGAAUCUGUAAAUUAUGGAGAAGCUAACAUGGUAGUCUGGCAGUUUCUGAUUCAGAGGAAUCUCUCAGUUUAUAAAGCUUUACAUAGAAAGGGAACCAAGUAAGAGAUAUUAUGUUGGGGGAUUAGAGAUGGUAGAAAUUACUCUACCAUGACUGACAAUGUAUUAAUAGCUUGUGACAACAUUGAAAAAGUGAUACACUUCAUCUGAAUCAUACACAGCAACUUUAGUGUUGCAGAUUUUGCACAUGACAGGGUGAUAUAAAUCUUUUCCCAAACUAAGAGCACUGCUGUUUGUGCUUGGGGUUGGUGGAUCACUAUGAGAGUGAGAGUUGCUUGUUGUAGGGUUAAUGGAUUGGGUGGCAGGAUUCUCUUCAGCUUCAACACCAGAUACAACUGUGCUGGCUACUGCUGCUGCUUCUGUCUCCCUCUGUUCACCUUUCAUCUCCAACUCCACCUCUUGCUUUUUGUUCCUUCGAGCCUUCUUGUUUUUGAAGAAGUUUUGCUUCUUCUGGUCUUUCUUUGGGUAGCUAAGCCGCUCCAUCACAUUCACAACACAGUUGAAGACAAACAUUGCUCGGUACUGGUUGUGAUAGAUCUCGUGCCUAGGAAUUAAACAAUAAAGACAAUGAGAAGUGUAGUAUUAAUUCAGUUAAUUUAUUGAUAAAAAUUGAAAAAAAAUUAUUGCUGGUCAAAUAAUAUUUCUUCAGAUUUGAAGAGAAUAAUUGAAUUAAAAUACAUACUACAAUAGAUAAAAGUAAGCACAAGUCAAAGUUUUAUUUUUAUUGGGUACCUUUGAAGUGCCUUACCUUUGACAGUCCAUACAAAGUGUUGUGAGGCAGGCAGGACAGUUAAGGACAGCAUCACUUGGUGGGAGUUGGAUUGUAUUGUUGUUCUCCACAUCCAAUGUGCGGCCAGGUCUGAGGGUGGUUUGGUGAUGUUACAACUAGAGAAGUAUGCUUAUUUCUUGUUUCUGGCAAUGACAGGCAUCAAUGGCAUCUCAUUUUGGGGGAUUUACUGAUAAAUCCAAAGGUCACUCAUGGACAAGGAUGAAGUAACAGACAUGAAUGGUCAGGGUGAUUAUGCAGUGUGAUGAUUCCAUGUCAAUUGCUCAUAAUAACUCAAUUCUCAUAACUGUUAACUGCAUACUAUCACUUCUACCAAACUUGACUCCACUCAUACCAGACUGGCUUCAGAUUAUGUACAACUAAAAAUCCACUUUAUACACACUACCAAUAAAUGAUAAAUCUUGAAA